UGAGGAUGAUGAUGAUGAUGAUGAAGAGGAUGAGGAGGAAGAUAGUGAUGAACAAUUAAGGCUAGGUAUUAGUGAAAUUUAACCAGUGAAAUGGCUCUCUUGUUAGCACAAUUGGUUGCAGAAUCUGGUCAAUCCAUUGUGAAUGGUCAAGAAUCUCUUAUCGAUCAACUGGGAAUAAAUUUUUCUGAGUAUAGAAGUUUUCUAAACAGACCACAACGAACAAAUCAAAAUACUAAUACAACAACUACAGCGUCAACUUCAGGGACAAAUUUAUCAGUUACAAAUUCACUGACCUCUACCACUCAGACAACCGUAUCGUCAGGAAUUCAUGAAGCUCAAGUUCAUGAAUCAUACGUAACACCUAGUAGUAGUAAUCUUCAAUCAAAUACCUUUAGAACCAUGCAAAGGGUACCUAGAACCGUAACAAAUAUCAACCCUUCUAGAGAAUGGCAAAGGAAUGAUGUUAUGGAUGAGGAAAAUAUACAUGAACAAACAAGCGAUAAUAUACAAAGACAAGAAACUAAUAAUGGAGAAGAAGGGAUCGAUAUAAAUCAAGAUCUAUUGGAUAUCGAAGAUGCACAGGAAGGAUUAGAUAUGUGGGCCUUUUCAGAUAAUUUAGAAGAAGAUGUGCUGUUUACACUGGCCCUACAGUUGAGUCUGCGUGAUCAAGGUGGUCCAGGUACUAGAGAUAAUGUUGAAGUGAACGACCAACAGUCGGGAGAUACUUCAUGCCUUCAAUCUGUUUCUCAGGAAGUUGUCUCCUUACCUGGAAAUGAAAAUGCUGAUCACACGGAACAACCAAACAACGAACAAAAUUCCUCAGAAUGCAGUCAGCUAGAUCAUGCAACAAGUUGGUCUGCUGAACCAAAUGUUUCAGACACACCUGAAAGGACAAUGAAUUCUCCUGUUCAAGAAUCAUCUAAUCAACCAAUUGUUUUAGCUUCAUCAAACCCAUGUCAAUCAGUUGUUACUCAUGAAAAUGAUUUUGAAGACAAUGAUGAUGAUGAUGGUUUCGUCACUACUAUUGUAGCAGGUACUGGUGUUGCUGUUCAAGAAGAAGACCUCUCCGAUUUGUACACUUUGUUUGAUAAUGAAACAAUGUCUUCAUCUAAACCUUGUGAUAUGACAUUUAAUGAAGCAACACAUAGUGGAAAUCCACUUACUCCUACUACUACUUCCAAUGUUACAAUUCGCACUACUAUCACUACCAAAAACUACGGCCACACAACUAAUAAAAAUCACGAUUUACAAUCAAUAAGCAGUACUAUUAUGAGCAGUGAUGACGAUGAUAGUGCACCGGAAUCAAAUAUUUUACCAAAUUCAUAUCGUUAUAGUAGAAGAAAGUCGUCUUUUUAUUCAAAAUCUAUAAGUCUAGACGAUGAUGGUGUUAAUGAUAAUGAGGAUGAUGACGGUGAUGUUCAUGAUCCUGAAAAUACUUGUGCAGAUCAUAAUGAUGUUCAGGACACCAGUCAUAACCCAAAUUUCAUCACUGACGACUAUUCUAAAGAUGUUAAUCAUCAGGUUUUAGAUCAUUCGGACAACAAUAAUAAUCUUGAAAAUCUUCGGAAUCAAGAAAAUAAUAAUAAUGAAGAUAACAAUGAUGAUAAACAGACUAUUUUAUCCUUAUUGAAUUACACUUUGAGCAAUACAAAUUUAUACUCAAAAUAUCAUAGACAAAAUUUAGCAUUAUUAUUUUGUUUAAAUAUAUCAAAUUAUUUAUCAAAUGAAUGGAAUAAUAUUAUAAUUAAACAAUCAAAGUGUAUGAACACAUUAUCAUCGAUAUCAUCUGGUCAUAGUCAACAAUUUGUACCUAUUCUACAAUUUAUGAUCAGUUUAAUACGUAUUUUACAUGGAAAUGCAUGUCAACUUAAUGCAGAGAUAAUAGUACUCCAACAACAACAUGUACAAUCUACUUCAGUGUCCACUACUAUAAAAUGCAAUCAUAUAGAUUAUCAGAAUAAAUUUUAUUUGGAUUACAUUAAACAACUACUGUAUAAAAUCAAAAUUACAUUGAAGCGGCUGAUUCGAGCAAUUAUUAAUGGUUUAAUACAAAUUGUUUCGACUUUUCCUACUGAUAACGAUGGGUAUACAAUAAAAACAGAUUUGUACGGUGUCAAUAAUCUACGUGAAAAUUUCGAAAAAAUCAUUCAUUCCGAUACCUUAUUAUUAUUAGAAUUUAUAGUACUACAAUUAUAUGCAUUAAUAGAAAUCUUUGGAUCAAUUCCAUCAUCAGCAUUAUUAUCUUCCUCAAAUGAUAGUUCUAAUUCAUUCUCUUUAAUUCAUUUAUGGCUACAUGAGGAAUGCAGUUCAGAUAAUGAUUGUCGAAAAAUGACACAACCUCCAACAUUAUCAUCGGCUCCGUCUUCAUCAUCUAUAGGACAACAACAGUUCAACCCGAAAACUGUAACAACAACAGCUGAUCAAAUACAUGUAUUGUCUAAUGAACUUGAUUUGCGUGCAUUAAUCGAUCAAAUAAUAGAAUUUUGUUUAACUUUUAUAGAAGCAUUAUAUACACAAUUGCUUAAAAGUUAUGAACUAACUAGCGCCAGUUGUUCUGCAAAUGAAGUGGACAUUACUGAACAAUGUGAUGCAAUACGAUUCAGUCAUUCAUAUUUGAAUAAUUUUCCAAAUGCUAUAAGUAAUCCUUCAGCAUGUGGUCUUCUACAAGGUAUCAUGUAUAGUUUACAGAAUAGUGGUGAAACUGUAGUCGGUACAUCAGCUAGAGGUCUACUCAGUUGGUUACCUUUAAUUAAUUCAUCUCACUGUUUAGAUUAUAUCGGUAAUCCAAUAAUGAGUCAAUUAGGUUGGUUAGCCACUAGAGCUUGUAUUAAAUUACCAAAUAUUCUAUUAUACCUUUUAUCAUCAACAUGUAAAGAUAAAAAUGGAUUAUCAUCAAACAGUGGGAAAUCUAUGUAUCAUUCUUUUAAAGUCUCUUAUUUAUCAAGUGAAUCAGAAAGUCGAUGGUGUUCUGUACUAUUCAAUUAUAAAGAUUUAUUGCGUCAUCCUACCCUAUUUAAAUCUCAAUUUACUGCAACAAAUCCUGUAAAUGUACAGCAACAGAAUGGUAAUAAUAAUUCGGAUUAUUGUACAAAUAAUGUAAAUGUUUCCAGUAAACUUUUUCAAUUUAUAAACUUGGAAGGUGUUCAACAAAAUUCAAAGUUAAUUUAUCCAUUAGAACGUGAAUUACAAUCGCUGUUAAUAUCUAUAGUAGGACCUAAAAGUUACCGACAACUACAAGAUGUCCAUCGUUUAGCUAAACUGUUACAACGAAUCCGUGAUAUCUGUGUCAAUACUGGUGGUCUAAUAAUUCAUAAUGGUUGUGGAUCUAUGGAGUUUACGGCUUGUGGCAGAACAUCAACAACACCCAGUUGUACUUCUUCAAAUGAGCUAAAUAACUUGUCAGUAAAUUCUAAACCUAAUCUUAGUACUAAUUGUACAGCAACAACUGUUGAUGAUGGUUCUCGACUGAAUUCACGUUCCUAUUUGUGGUCACAGGACAAAGGUGUAUUCGCCAAACAGCUACGUUUACCGUAUAUAGCUCAAAGAGAAAUUUUGGAAGAUAUUUCAUUAUGUUUAGCGAUAGCAGUGCGUAAUACAGCUUACUGGCAAAGAUUAUGCCUUCGUUCAUCAGGUUCUUUAUUGUUCUUGUUCCAUACCAGUUUGGUUCUUGACAGGAAAAUUGCACGCAAUAUGAUAUAUUUAAUUCAACUGGCUAUCUGUCCAAACUCAUUGGAGUCACGUAGUCAUAGUACCGUAAAACACUUACAUGAUGAACUUAAACGUUCAACUUAUUCAGUUCAAUCAACUGAAGUGAAAUUAUCACGAAUUAUUGCACGUUAUUUAAUACUACCUAGGGAUUCACACAUAUCUACUUGUUCAGAGAUAAGCUUAGAUGAGAAUAUGUCGAAUUAUAAUAAUUCAAAGCGUGCAGAUUUACUUAUUUCACCUUUAUUCACACAAUUCGUUCGUACAUUUCUGUGCCGAUGUCCUAAAAAAGCUAUCCGUGAUUCAACAGCACAUAUAUUAUCUACAAUAUUCAGCUGUGUUUCUCGUGAAGCUCAACAUCGUAUACUUAGUUUAAUAGCAUCUCUAUGGCCUGAAUUAUCUACAUUUGUACCUUAUUCCAAUCAGUUUGUCCAGUUAAGUAUUCAUCUAUUGAAUUCUUAUCCUAAUUGGUCAGGUCGAGCAGAAUUAAUAGAACAAGUAAUUUGGAUUUUAAUGCAACGUCUUGAAGCAAUAAAACGUCAUCCGAAUCGUACGCUUUACUCAGUACUUAUGCACUUUGCUCAUUCCCAAAAAGGACUUUUACCGGUCAACAGUAUUAGUUGUACACCUGAAACUGUAGUGACAGACUUGAAUUGUAAUCUGUUUAACGAUUUUUCCACAUCAAUUAAUGCUUCGAAUUCUCCAUUCACCUUUGAAUUGGAACCUUGUUUAUUAUGUUAUGCUAAAGUGAUCGAUGAACCAUUUUAUGUUAUUUUUCGUUGGGAUUCGGAACCCAAUGUAUCCAGGCGUUCAAUUCAAUCUGUGGUUUCUACCAUUUAUAAUAGUCGAUUUACACAUCAGUUUAGACAAUCACCUAUCGGAAAUUUAUUAUCGCAAAAUCCUCAACGUACUACAACUCAACAGUCAAACAGAGCUAAUGGAACAGAUAUUCCAUUAACAUCUUCAAAUACUGCAACUCCAAAUGUUUCUGGUUUAGUCCAAACAAAUUCGAAUAUACCGAAAAGUACCAUUGCAUCAACAAAUCCCAGUACAACAACGACAACAACAACAGCUACUUCUGGUAGUAGUGGUGUUAAUGCUAGUGGAGCUGCUGGAGCUCCACCAAAUCCAUUUUCACUUGUGAUUCCCGUUCAGUUAAAAUCCCGUGCUACUUCUUCAGUUCACAUUUUCGAUCUUGAAGGUAGCUAUUUAAUUUCACAAAUUACAGUCAAGUUUAACGUUUUAUCGAAACGUCCUAGAUAUGUUAAAACACUAAAUGUUUAUACAUGUGAUCUGACUGAUCGUGCUUCAGCAAGACUAAUUCACGAACCACAAUUAUGGCAACCAGUAGCAUCAGUUCGAUUUAGUCGAAAUCAAACAGUGGCUAGAAUUUGUUUUUCACAUCCAUCACCUAUUCCAAUCUGGUUAGCUUCAAAUCAAGAAUAUGCUACAGAUAAACGAAUAACGAUGAAUCCAGACUUGGUAAUUGAUUCAUUAAAUUUAAAACAAACACCUGGUCUACCUAUCCGAGCAUCACGUUUAGUUUUUGAAUAUGCAGAUUUCCAUUCGACCGGUCAAGAAGAACGUCGUAUUUGUCCACGAUGUCAUGCAUCUGAUUUACAAGGUAGUACAUGCAUAAUGUGUCAUAGUAAUGUGAAUGAAUGCUUUCGCUGUCGCUCUUUGAAUCUAAGUAAUGAAGAUGUAUAUUUAUGCGCUAAUUGUGGUACUUCAAGACAUGGUAAAAUUGAAUUCAGUAUAACUGCCAGACCAUACUAUUCCGCAAUUGAACCGUUACAUGAUCGAGAUGAUCGUGAAUCUGCUUGUGGCCGCAUUUUAAGUUUAUCUAGGGAAUUGAGUAAAACUUCUCAAAUACUUUCACGUCUUAUUCAAGUUGACGUAACUGAAUGCUUAUAUCGACUAUGUUCUUUAGAUACUGGAGCUAUUGAUCUCAUAUAUAUACAAGACUCACUUGCUUCCAAGAAUUCAACUGGAACAUCAAAUAAUAACACUUCAGUAAGCGAUAAAGCAAAAGAUCUUCCACAGUCUACCGUACCAGGUUCUAAUUAUACUGGUUUUGUUAAUCCUGCUAUAAUACGCUUAAUUAGUACUGCUUUAAAAGCACGAGCUUUGAGUUUAGAUUCAGCUGUAAUCACACGACGUCUAUGGGCUGCACGUCAAUCUGUUGUAGAAUUCGAUACAGAAGAACAACAUGAAUCUACUGUGAUAGGUAGUUUAAAUAAUCAAUCUAUUUUCAAUGGAAAUAGAUGUAUAACACCUGAAGUUUCAGAUUGUGCUUCUGGUAAUACACAAUUAAAUUAUCUGGAAUUAGAUAAAAUGUUUUACCCAUCAUUAUCUGGGUGUUAUUGGUGCUUAGUAAAUACAAUUUAUCAAUGUAGUUCUUUUCUACGAAAUAUUGCAGAAUUCACAUCAAUAACUAUGCUGAAAAAUUCCAGUAAAACAAUAUGGGAUAAUUCACAUUGGUUAUUUGGUUUAAAUGCUACAUGUGAUAAUGACCAUACUUUCCGUUUGUUUAAUGUUCCGUCUUCGUUAUCCCAGGCUACAGCUCUACCACCACCAACAACAACACAAUCGCCAGUCAUUAAUUCUAUGGAUAUUGUACGCAAUUUAAUCACAAAAGUCAUUGAAUCUGGUUUAAAUAUAUAUCCUCAACAUUUACAACAAGAAUUACGUACUUUGUUAAUUUAUUUAACCAAGGAUUGUUAUUCAUUGAUAUCUCAUCUCGGUGAUAUUCUCAGUGAUCGAUUAAUCCGAACAGCUAAUACUCAUGGUAAUCAAGCUCAUUUACUUGGACCUUUAUCAUACAAUGAUGUUUGUCUCUUACAAGGAAGUGUUGAAUCAAUCCUUCCAAGAAAAUCACAACACAAUAGUCAAUUAAGUAAACAACAACAACCAUUAGAUGCUAGUACUAAAAAUUGGGAGGCUCGUUUACGUCCUGUAUUUAAAAUUCUAUUGAAACUAUCCAGUGGUAAUAUUAGUAUUCAUAAUAACUCUAAUAAUACUUCUAAUCCAUCUGUUCCUGUUGUACAAAAUAUUUUGUUACCACUUGUGGAAUUACUGUAUGAGCUAGUUUCAUAUCAACCUAAUCCAAAUAGUUUAGUAUUUACAAAACGAUCACUUCUAUCAAUUUUCGCCACUAAUAAUCAAUCAAGUAUUGCCAACAAUAAUAUUUCUUCAUUACUACCUGUUACGCAACAAAUUGAAACAGAUGUUGAAAGUUUUGAUCAUCAUCGAUUCAACCAAACUACUCCAUUUUAUAAUAAUCAAUAUUCACCAGCUUCAAUUUCUUUAUCAUUAUCUGGCAGUGUUUCUCGUUCAAAUAUGAUUACAUCAUUUCAACCAUGGUUGACUAAUCAACCUUACGCUUCAUUUAUGGCUUGGAGAGAACGUAUGUCGAUACAAACGUAUGCAGCAUCUAUGUCACAACGUCAACACAUUCAAGUAGACAGCUCUAAUUCUUCUGAUCAACAAAUAAUAAUAUGGGAAGAAUUAAACGCUAAACAAAUUAAUUUAGUUGUACGUUUUGCAACACGUUGGAAAAGCGUUAUUGAAAUGAAACGUUGGGCAAAAUAUUGGGGUAUAUCCACAACAAAUUCUUUCAUCAAGGCUGACCGUAUAUCUUCCGAUAAUUGGCUUACUAAAAUUCUGUUUUCACCACCAGAUUCAAAUGCACGAGGAGUAUAUGACUGUAUGAAAUUGUUGCUAGCUAUUACAUCAAAUAUUGUACCAAAACAGAUUUUUGAAGAAAAUACCAAUGGUAGCAGUAUUAGUAACAUUAAUAAUGAUAAUGGUAGUGGUAAUCUGUCCGUCAAUACAAACUGUAAUAAUAGUUUAAACAUUUUGUUUAAUAAGCGUCGAUGUGCUGUAUUACUAUAUCUUACUGAAAUUUGUGUUCCUCGACUGGAUGAAUUAGCAUCGACACGUGAUGCAUAUUUAUUACUUACUGAACGUGCAACGACGCCUUCAGCAUCAGUAUCAUCAUCAUCAGCGGCGUCAGCAGCAGCAACCGCAGCGCGAAACAGUUCUUUUACACAUUAUUCUACCACAACUGCUGGAGAUAUCUUUGUCACAGAAUUUCGUCAGUUAACGACAUUAGAAUCAUCAGAACACAGUUCAACUGGACGUAAACAAAAACACCAUACAAAUAGUACUACCACUACUAGUAGUAAUAUAUCUACUUCUGGGCCAAAUGGAAUUACUAUAUCGAAUUCACCGUACAUACCUUAUUUAUUAAUUAAGGGGAACUUCCUAGAAUAUGUAAGAAUUUUAAUGCGAAAAUUACUACUUCAAAUAACUCGUAUUGAAUCGGUACCUGUCGGAUAUUGGAAUGAAUUAAUGUCUGCUACAUUAAGUUCGAUUAGUGGUUCUGGCUCAUGUAAUGGAGGUGCUCCUGGUUAUGCAAUCGCUCUAGUCGCAGAGUUAUUAAGUGUACUCAAACCACUCAAGCAAUUGACAAGAUCACAACAAAAUCAGUUGCUGCAUGUUUUAUUACCGGCUUGUGCUCAAUUAAGAUAUUUGGUAUUUCAACGUGCUGAUUGUACUGUUAAAGCUCAAACUGUAUUUGACUCUAUGCUUGCUGAAUUGACUGGUGUUUCUGGUAUACAAAUUAAAGAAUUUCUAUCUACUGUAUUAGAUGUCUUAUCUGAAUAUCCGAUUGAUGAUCAUCGAUCUGCCACUUAUUUAUUACAACGUCUGUGUACACCAGUCUGUCCUUUAGAUACUGACCAAUCAGUUUUCCAAAUUAAAUUAGAAGUAUGGCGUCCACAUGAAGAUUACUUAUUAGCUAGAUCAAGAAUUGAAAUUUUGCCGUCUGAUACUCGAGGUUUAGGUCCACGUAUACACAAUCUGAUUGAUUUUAUAUGCGAUUCUAAUAAUCUUACAACGGAUAUGCGACUCGAAAUAGUGUGUGAAGGACAAUACUUAUGCCUCAAUUACGUCUACAUGAUGUCUACACUCAAAUAUGGUGCGCUAAUCGAAAUAAUGUUAAUAAACCCAUGCGUUUACGAUAUCAAUGCAUUGCAUGAUCGUGAUUUGAUUGAUGUGAUUGUUCAUAUACUGGAGUAUUGUUUAAAAACACCAGCUUGCAUAGAACGUCUUACUGAUCCUGAUAUUAAAGCUGUACCUAGAUUACUCCAUACUCUUAUCAUUUGUCUUCAAUCAAACCAACAGAAAUCUCGUCAUCCUCAUCAAUCAACAGAUAUUGUUGAAGAUAUAACCAAACGUCUACUUACUGUAUUGAAAUCAUUCCUUGAAUUAGUCGAUAACAAAUUAAAUGUUAUGAGUUCUUCUUGUGAACUGUCUCAAUCAGAUUUUAUGAAUUCAAUUGAUUUGAAUUCAAUUAAAUUCCUUUUGAAUUUUAUCACAACUCACCCGAAUAUACCAAAUAUUAGUGUGGAUGUCGCACGUCUACUUGGUCUGAUGACAUUUUCUGAUGAAGAGAAAAUGGAUGCAAUAAUUGACUUUUUAAAAAUUAAUUUAGAUCAGUUAAAACCAUCAGCUCAAUUUAAUACAUUUGAAGUGGCUCUAUUGGACUGUUGUUGUUCAUUAUUAUUUGCUAUACCAAAAUCUAGUUAUAAUGGUGCAUUAUUUAAACGAAAAGUAAAACAGAAUGCAAUGCUUUUACAAACUAGUCUACAUUUCUUAUGGUCUACAUAUCCAUUAUCUUGUAUAGAUAAUACUAAUAAUAAUUUUGAUGAAUCAUUAUCUACAACCACUACUAGUUCAAUGUCCAAUACAACUGAUCCUGAAGUUACUAAAUUCUUAUCUGAGCCUUCAUUACCAUAUGUAUUACAAUUAUUACACGUUUGUGUUGAUGGAGAUCAAGAGGCAACAAUUUUAAGUCAACCUGAAUGUUUGGUUGAGACAGGUCGACGCCGAAUUGAAGCAUAUCAGCUACUUUGUUUGUUUCAUCAAUUAGAAACUAGUAAAUUAUCUGGGCGUGUUGGUCUUUUAGCUGAAGAUAUGUUAAAUGAUUGGGCCAAUAAAGAAGACAAUAAUAAAAUUAAUGUAUCUAUGAAAAACUCUACUACUACAAUUGGUCAAGUUAUUCAUAACCUUCGUGAUGCAACACUUCGACGUACACGUUCAUUAGCACAGAAUAUGCGUGAAAAACGUUUACGUAGUCUCAAUAUGCGUGUUAAUGAAAAAGGACAAGUUGCCAUGGUGGAAACAGAUAGACUUAAUAAAAUGACUGCAGUUGUUCAAGAAGAAACAGGUUUAUCAUGUGUUAUCUGUCAUGAAGGGCUACGUAUUGCUCCAAAUGAAGCAUUAGGUAUCUAUGUAUAUGUUCGUCGGUGUGUGUUAGAAGAAAAUAUUUAUAUAACAGGUUGCGAACCGGCGAUUAAUUUCACCAAUCCACCGUCAAACAUUCCUGAUGGUUAUUCAACUUUAUCAAAUUUCGUAACUGUACAUUUUUCAUGUCAUACAAAGUCAUAUAAAGCUUCAUCAGAGAAUGAAUGGACAGUAGCUCAACGACAUAACUGGGAUGUUGGCUGUAAUAACAUUUUACCAAUAUUGAACCCACCAACCAGUAGUUCUGCUGCUCCAAGUUCUACUUCUAGUAGUACUACAACAUCAUCGUCUGAUAGUAAGGCGGCUUCAUCAAAAACUAUAAAACAACAACAACAAGCUCCCGACACUGUUUAUGCUGGACAUUUAGCCAAUUUCAUGGAUUUCAUUAUGCAUAAACUCAGUAUAUGUCCUGGUUAUGUAAUGGCUUUACAUGAUAUAAAAUUGCUUUUAUUACGUUUCGCCUGUAAUCGAACAUUCACUGUUGAAACUGGUGGGGGUGGUAAAGAAAGCAAUAUCCAAUUACUGCCACAUUUGAUGCAAGUUUAUUUACAUUCAUUGUUAAUGAGCUCUCAUGUUGAACAAGAAUUGGAGGCUUUAAAACAGUUUACUGAAGUCCCUGGCUCUUAUUGGGCGAAAUCGGAUAAGUGUUGGAUUACUACCGGGCCCCUAUAUCGUCUAGUGGCGGCUUUACAUCUAUGGUCACGUGAUGAAUGGCAUAAUCAUCGGGCGACUUUAUUACAUAGUCUAUUGUAUAUGGCUGUGGGACGUUCAAAUAAUGUAACGUGUUCAACCAGUACUGUCGAUAGUCAAUUUACGCUGAUUAAACCAUAUUUAAUCUACUUUGGUCUAAUCGAUUCUAUUUAUGAAUAUUUAUUUAAGAAUGUUCCAUUGACAAGUUCAAUGGAAACUAAAUUGAAGUCAGUUACAUCAAGUAGUAGUAGUAGUGUUAGUCAGACAUCACCAUCAUGGUCUGUUUCUUUAUCGCAGUACAUUCGUACAUCAGAUGAAGCUUUGAUGAAGGCAGCUCCAAAACUACUUGCUUAUUUUGAAGAGAAUCUUUUAACAAUUUCAAGUGUAGAGGAAUUUUUAGAUGUUACAGGCUUGUUAGAAAAUGUAAGUUUAAAUGAAUUGAAAGUAUCUUGGAGACAAUGUGCAACAAAUAAUCUAAUUCCACUGAUUAAGUUUCUAUUAACAAAGAAUGACUAA